GAAAAAGUGUGGGGGCUCACUCAGUUGGAUUUCCAUCUUCAAGAUUUCCACCUCGCGGACUCUCCUGUCCUCGCUUGUUCCCAUCACGCCGCACUGAGUCCGUUUCUGUUCGACGAACCGCGCCACACAACCGGAGGAAACAUGGAGGCCAUCAAGAAGAAAAUGCAGAUGCUGAAGCUGGACAAGGAGAACGCCAUAGACCGGGCAGAGCAGGCCGAGGGGGACAAAAAAGGAGCAGAGGACAAAUGCAAACAGCUGGAGGAGGAGCUGCUGGGUCUGCAGAAGAAGCUGAAAGGAGUGGAAGAUGAACUUGACAAAUACUCUGAAUCAUUGAAGGACGCUCAGGAGAAAUUGGAACAGGCCGAGAAAAAAGCAACAGAAGCUGAAGCCGAAGUGGCAUCUCUAAACAGGCGUAUCCAGCUGGUGGAAGAGGAGUUGGACCGAGCUCAGGAGAGACUUGCAACUGCUCUGCAAAAGCUAGAGGAAGCUGAGAAAGCAGCUGAUGAGAGUGAAAGAGGAAUGAAGGUCAUAGAGAACAGAGCAAGCAAGGAUGAGGAGAAAAUGGAGAUCCAGGAGAUGCAGCUAAAAGAGGCCAAACAUAUCGCUGAAGAAGCUGACCGCAAAUAUGAAGAGGUCGCACGUAAACUUGUGAUUCUUGAGGGCGAUCUGGAGCGUUCAGAGGAGCGUGCUGAGGUGGCCGAGGCUAAAUCAGGUGAUCUUGAGGAAGAAUUAAAAAAUGUCACCAACAACUUGAAGUCACUGGAGGCUCAGGCUGAAAAGUACUCACAGAAGGAGGACAAAUACGAAGAGGAAAUAAAACUUCUGACUGACAAACUUAAAGAGGCUGAGACCCGGGCAGAGUUUGCAGAGCGAUCUGUGGCCAAGCUGGAGAAGACCAUUGAUGAUCUGGAAGAUGAAGUGUAUGCUCAGAAGCUGAAGGGCAAGGCUCUCAGUGAGGAGCUGGAUCUCGCCCUCAAUGAUAUGACUACACUGUAGAAGCUGUCAAUUCUUGUCCUUCCUGUUUCAAUUCUUCUCUGUCUGCUUGCUGCUGUUUUACUACAUUCUACUGUGGUAUUAUCAGCCGGGAAUUUUUUUUUUUUUUGGAAAUGGAAUAUUCACUUGUCAUUGCGCUGCCAGGUCAGGCCCUGCAGAGCGUUGGUCUCUUCAAAGUAGGUUACAGCUUCCCCAGUCAGUGCAAAGUGUUUUGCCGAGGUCACACGACUACCACUAAUUUCCUCAGUUGAAAUUGCAAAACACUUGCAACCCUGCAUUGUAAUAAAUGUAUUUCAAAUCUCCUCA